UACUAACGAAAGAGACCGCCAUCUUGGAUCGUCGAGCGAUGACGCCGGUAUUGGAUGUUAAUCCAAUGGCGUCGUGUUAUAUUGCGACUGUUUUGUACUCUGCACAUUCGGCUUGAAGAUCAAAUUAUGAUGUUUCGCACAGAUAAUCAGUGCUGCCGAGUAAAAUCUGGAAUCGGGCGUGUUCGUAAAAGCAUUUAUUUUUUUUGUUUUGCUUCCAUUUUUGGUACGCUCCUCUACUACUUCCUGGUCGAAUGUAAUGUAGAUUACAGGAACUUCAAUAAUUCCGAAUAUAUACCUCUAAUUUGGAAGUGGGAUUCCUCCCAAAGUCCCGUAAACAAAUUGGCGAAACCUUUACACACCCGAGAACACGCCAAUUACUUAGUUGUGUACGACUACAUAGCGGCAGAUAAAUUUUACCUGGGAAAUUCUACCGUAACCUUGACAACGCAAGGCACCUACGAAUUUCUGCACCACGUCGAGCAGUUGUGCCUCCGUUGGAAGGCGCCCGUUUCGAUAACCGUUUACGCACCCGGUCUGAAUUUCUAUCCGGUGGUGCGGAGAAUUCUAUAUCUACGCCGGUGUCGACACCCCUGCUUGAAGGCCAACGUCACUUGGCACCUUAUCGUCGAUAAGGCGCACGCGCCUACCCAAGAGGAUACACUAAAAGCGCGAGAGAUGCCGGUGAAUUGCCAAAACGACACCUCUAACUUUAUCAAUUUUCGAAAAACGCACAAAUUGUCUUACCCCAUCAACUUGGCUCGUAACGUAGCCCGAAAGAUGGCUCGGACCCACUACGUUUUGGCCUCGGACAUCGAAUUGUACCCGUCUCUGGACUUGGUUCCGCGGUUUCUGGACAUGGUCCUCGAACAAAAUGUCUCCUCGCCACAUGUCUACGUCUUACCAGUCUUCGAGGUGGAGAAGAACAGCAAAGUUCCCGAAACGAAGAAGGAAUUAUUAGAGAUGAUGUCCAGCAAGAAGGCUGUUUUCUUUCACAAACUCGUGUGCGAUACGUGUCAUAAAUUUCCGGAUAGAGAUCGCUGGCUGAAGACAACUCCUCCCGAAAAUUCUAUGACUAUCUUUUCUACCGUUAAGCACGCGCCACCGUGGGAACCGUUUUACAUAGGAACCAACAACGAGCCGCCUUUUCACGAGAAUUUCACGUGGGAAGGGAAGAUGAACAAGUUUCCUCAGGUUCUGGAGAUGUGUUUCAUGGACUACGACUUCUGCAUCUUAGAUAAUGCCUUUUUGGUCCACUCUCCGGGGAUAAAGCGCAUAGACCGUGCGUCGGAACGUCGCAGAGCUCCUUACGCCGUCAACAAUACGAAGUUGUAUCGGCUAUUACGUCGCGACCUGACCCGGAAGUACCGUCCCAGAUUUAACUGUAUGAAAUAAACUUCCGGUUCGAGCGAACAAUUUGAAUUCGAGAACACCCGGUAGUCUGGUAUCCUUUUUAAUUCUUACGUUUAAAGAAUUAUAAUGACAUUCGUUGCGGAGAUUCUCCCGAGUUCUUUCUCAUUCCCACCACUUACAGUACAUACGUAUUCGUAUUAAAGGCUCUUUGUCGAAGCCGCACACAGGGAUUUGUCGUUACUUACAAUCGUAAUAGAUACGUUUACGCGGUGCAGUUGGAUACUACUACCCUACAUAACAGCAUUUAUUAGCUAAAAUAAAAAAUAUCGAUACCCUCCUGUUUAAUAAUAAUUUUUACUUUUCUAACUAUAAAUGUGGCUUUUUAAAAUGAAAUUAAAAUUUUUAAUCCACAACAAUUCGCUUAAUAUUAAAGUCUCUCGACACAACGUUGAAACAUUCGCGCCAUGUUAGUUUGGAGCGCGACGCGUAUGGGAAUACGUAAUACGACACACUCUACGACGCGUAUAAUAGUAUUAUUUCGUCACACAAAAUAACGUAAUCGAGUGAUUCUCGCGUUAAAGAGUUAAUCGGAAUUUGACGUCGUUACCUUUGAAUAAAAGAAGAAAGGAUUUAGGCCAUUUGUAAACCGUAACUUUUAGUGACGUCUCUCGUUUACUAUUGUUUACAAAUACAAAAAAAAAGUCAAUUUCAUUACUCGAAACUAUAAUUAUACGCCACGACAAUCCACGCGUGUACGAUGCUUAACGAGUUUAAAAAUCGUGACCAGGAAAAUGAAGCGGAACGGAAAUUCGUUUUGAGAUGCGAUCGACACAGAGUUUUAUUUUCUUAAAAAGUAAAUAAUAAAAAUAAA